CAAACUAUGCAAUUCCAUGGAUCGGAUAAAAGGCCCAUGGAGUCCCCAAGAGGACGAAGCUUUGAGGAGGCUGGUCCACACUUACGGGCCCAGAAGCUGGUCCCUUAUAAGCAAAGCAAUCCCGGGCCGCUCUGGGAAGUCCUGCCGGUUGCGGUGGUGCAACCAGCUCUCUCCGGAGGUGGAGCGCCGUCCUUUCACAGCGGAGGAAGACGAAAUGAUCGUGAAGGCGCAGGCCAGGUUCGGGAACAGGUGGGCCACCAUCGCUCGCUUCCUCAAUGGCCGCACUGACAACGCUAUAAAAAACCAUUGGAAUUCCACUCUUAAAAGGAAAUGCUCCCAAUCCCAAGCUUUCUCCAACUCCCACCCACACCCUCUCAAAAGACACGCCACCACCGCUUCGGCUUCCGCUUCCGCUUCCGCUACUCCGUCUGGAUCCGAUUUCAGCGCCCCGGCCCAACUAGCGGAAACUGCGUCAACUGAUCCCGCCACGUUACUCACCCUGUCUCUACCUGGAUCCGAUUCGUGCGAGAAGCAGUUGUUCAGUGCAAAGUUAUUGAACGUGAUGCAAGAGAUGAUACGAGUGGAAGUGAGGAGUUACAUGUCUGGACUGGAACGAAUGCAAACCCAAGCCAUUCAAAACGCCCUUGUCGAUAAAUUGUUGAAUGCGAAUCGAAUUGACAAAUGUGAAUUGCAGAAUGGAAAAUGAUAUUCAUACUCAUUAAGUGAAAUCCAAAACAAAUAGUCUACCUGUUCUUAUUUUUUUCUGUAUUAAUUUUUUUUUUCUAUGAUUAAGAGAAAAAAAUGUUCAUAAGUUUUGGGCUGUACAGAUGAACAUGAGGAUGACGGAAAUUAAAUUCUGAGAGUUAUAAUAUUUCCAUAACAAAUUCUGACUUUUUUUU